AUGCAUUUGGGCCGAAUACAGCAAGGGAAAGACGAAUCGUUGCGAAGCUAUGUGCGACGUUUCAAUUUAGAGUCAGGACAGAUACCAGACCUACCUGAUGGGGUGGCUUUUGAUAACUUCUUUAGGGGGCUUAAGAAGGGGUCCUUUAAAUUCGAUCUGGUAAAGAAAAGUCGUAAAGACAAGGCAGACAUAAAGAUCAACCGUCCUAAUGGGACGUGGGCCAUUGAAAAGAAGGGAUAUCAGGCAAACACCUCCCAGGGGCAGAAGAGAGGACGACCAAACGACAAAGAGAGGUUUGAGUACAACACCGACUUGUACACAAUACUGUUGGACGUCAGUGACAGAUAUGAGAUUGAUCGUCCGUUCCCCAUGAAGUCGCCGGUAGAAACCCGGGAUAGCUCCCUUUACUGUAAGUUCCAUUGUGAUGUGGGACAUGAAACUAAAGAUUGCAAGAGUUUGCGUAGAGCUCUUGAUGGAUUAGCCGCCAAAGGAUUUCUGAAAUCAUAUCUCAGCUCGAGCACAGGGGGAAGUGGUAAAAAGUUCUACAAGAAAAGUAAGUCGCCGUCAUAUCGACGUGAUGACAAUGACACUGAUCCAGAAAUCGUAGCCGUUAUCUCAGGGGGCCUAUUUGCUGGGGGCCCAACAAUGAGAGGACAAAAGGACUAUGCAAGCCGGUUGGGGCAAGUCAUGUUGUCUAGAAAAGCUCCAAUGGACCACUUCCCUAAAGUGGAGAUUUGUGAAUCUGAUAGGGGCAAGAUAGGCACUCCUCAUGACGACCCCUUGGUUAUUGAGCUGAAGGUAGCAAACCUCAAAGUAAGGCGUAUUUUAGUAGACACAGGGAGUUCGUCAGACAUUAUCAGCACAGCUUGUCUAAAUCGUCUUGAGCAUGAUCCUAAGACAAUUGAAAAGAUACAUUAUCCGAUCAUUGGAUUUGGAGGCGGCAUUUCAUCCCCAAGGGAUAAUCACUCUGCCCCUACGAGUAGGAGGUCGGCAUCAAAGUAA